ACAAAAGCACAAUAUGGUCUUAAGAUUUUCUCUUAUUACCAUUUAUUAGUUACAGAACAAGAUUGAAAGAAUGCUCCAAAAACAACAGUUAGCACUUUAGCAAACGCCUCAGAAUUUAUAUAAUGUACAUUUGCAUUAGCCAUAAAAAAAAGUCUCUACAUAAUAUAGCAGAAAACGUAUAUGAUGAAUAUGAACACAAACUGCAGACAGUUGUAAACAUGGCUACGUUUGCUAACGCUUGUUAAAAUUCCUGCUGUCCUUUAAACUAAACGCAAACAAACAUUUAACUAAUCGUCCACACAGGAUAUAAGUAAUAAGUCAAAAGACAAGACCACUCCAUGAUUAGGUCUGUUAUAUAGCAAACAGUACAGGAUCAGGAUGAAACACACCAGAAUGGCCUGGAUUUUCGUUGAAGACAAAACAACCAGCAAUAAAACAACAAGAACGCUAAAGUGCUAACAACCUCGCAGUGCCACGCACGCAAGGGCGACUUCAUGCUUGCUAACUAUAGUGCUAAAAAGCUCUGAAUACGGCAAGUUCACUGGAACAGAAAGUAAAAAAACGAAAAGCUACUAAGAAGCUCCUUAAAAACACUCACCCAAUUCUGCAGGCAAGACUCGAUUUAUACGAGUCAGGAUGGGGUUUGCUAGGCUGUGUCGUACUAGCAAAUGGGCGUACAGUGAAGUGUUGAUCAGGAAGCAGCAUACGUUUAUCCCGGAUUCAGCCCUCUACGGCCGAUCGUAUCCGGGUCAUAUCCAGACAAAUGGCAUUCAAAAAGCCCUCCUGGCCGUGGGGUCUGGAGUCGCUGCUCUUCAAAACCCUUAUAGACAUGACAUGGUGGCAGUGCUGGGUGAAACUACAGGACAUCUCGCGUUGUUAAAACUAAAGCACAGGAUGAGUAUCGACCCUGAAGGUCACACCAUUCUAACGGAGCGACCGAGGAUACGCCUGUCAACAUUGGACCUUUCACGGAUGUCAACACUUCCAGCUGGCUCACUGGGGAGGGAAUAUCUGCGUUUUCUGGAGGAUAAUAACGUGACACCAGACACACGUGCAGAUGUUAAAUUCGUUGAUGACGAAGAGCUAGCGUAUGUCAUGCAGCGCUAUCGAGAAGUACAUGAUUUAUUACAUACAAUACUAGGAAUGCCUACUAAUAUGCUUGGAGAAGUAGCUGUUAAAUGGUUCGAGGCUGUUCAGACGGGUCUGCCCAUGUGCAUUAUGGGAGCUGUCCUUGGUCCACUCCGGCUAUCAAAGAGUCGCACGCAGAAGCUGGUGAGGUCUCUCGGGCCGUGGGCUUUGCGAAACGGCAGUCGCGCACGCUGCAUGUUGAGCGUUUUCUACGAGCGCCGCUGGGAUCAGAACCUGGAGGAGCUCCGAAAGGAGCUGAACAUCGAGCCACCACCUCUCAUCAUGCCUACAAAGAGCAAGAGAUCAGCCUCAGAGCAAUCCUAGCAGACUUUCUCUAUUAAUGAUGGAAAGAUUACUGUUUGAGAAGAGGGUAUCCAUGUCUGAGUCACCAGAGUGAAUGCUGUAAUUAUUUAUAACUCAGAGAGUAUUUUUGUGAUCAUUUACUGUGAGAAGUUGGAUUAGAGUGAUCAGCUGAUUGCAGUGUCUAUGUCUUGGUUCUACUAUUAGGACUGUUUCAGGUGGAAGAGAGAAAUGAGAACCUGCAGUUUCAUAAUCAGCUUAAUUGUUAUAGACUGUAAGGUCUGAGGUUGUAAUGCAUUCUACAUACUGUAUUGCUGUAUCAUUCUGACUCAUCGUUAGACUCUGAGUUUACAGGUCCGUUUCCUGUUUCCUGAUUGUAAAAUAAAUGUACAAACCAUAUUUACACUAUUUAGAGGAAAUGUCCAUGACUGUGUACUUCUCUAGUUUUCCCCAGACAGAUGAGAUCAAGCUGAGAUACUGGAAUAAAACAUUAAGUAAUAGUUACAGUAA